AUUCAACCAAUCUAUUAAACAAUCCAUGUCGGUAAAUUCCCUUUAGCUGCAUAAAUACAUCGCAAAAAUAAACACAAACAAGAAUUGGGGCUCAUUUAGUGACAUGUCUGAAUAUGUGGGUUGUAGUCCAUGAAAGCUCACACUGAAACAGGUCGGUUCAGUCUUGAAAAUACCAUCAUUCUUCUGUUCUUGGAGAAGUCUAUAAACAUGGCUACUUUUAUGAAAAAGGAUACAAUAAUUUAUUCUUAUUUGAGAUUACAUAUGUUCGGUGACAACCCCCCUGCAUCUCACAGCAUUACUGUUUCCCUUUAUUUUUUGAUUAUAAUAUUUUUAAAAGGGCUUCAGUUGAAAAAGAAAACUAGCGAGCACUGCCAGCUGUCAUUUUUGUACUAGUCAGUGUAUUUUGCAGUUUUUGUUCAGCCAGGAAGUGUCAGCAGUUCUCUAAUUCGUAUAAUGUUUUUUUAAUGAAAUGAGGGCUUUUGGUCACACCAAAAAUCUGCUUCAAAGAACAGGUAGCCACUUUCAUAGCAAGAAAGGGCACUAAUGUCACCUGUUUCUAAGCUGAAAAAUCAAGCUUACUGUAAAACACUUUCCAGUUGUAAUAUCUUCCUGCUCUAAUAAAACACUGAUAUCUAGUUUUCACUAGUGGGUGUACGGUUUGACACACUUGGCUCAGAGCUGUGGAUAGUUUCUUCACCUACAUUAUGUGGCAUAGUUUGUAAAGGAAACUGAGGCAUGGAAAAUCUUGCCUGGGGCCAGACAGUUUGUGUCUGUGUCCCUUCUGAUCUCUCUAAGCUUUAUGAUCUUCUCGUUUAUGGUCAAAACAUUUGAUUGUGGUCACCAAGCUAUGACAGAGCCAUAGCCAUUUCCCCAUGUCCCUGCUUUCUAAAAUAUGCAAUCAGUACAUUUGAAUUCUGGGCUUUAAAAGGAAAUCCCUCAAUUGAUGACUACGGGAUCCCCUCAAACUAUUCCAAAACUCUUGGGCACUGUUAGAGCCAAUUCCAGUUCACAUACCACUUGGAAACUUGGGAUUUGGAUGUAAGGAGCUCAUCACACAGUUUGCCAGACCGGAAAUCCAUGGUAAAUUACUGUAGUGGAAAGGAGGAUUUGUGCAUGUGAGUAUAUUCACCAAAAUAUGAUUUGGUAUAAUGUCUGAACUGAGCCGCUAUGUACAUGGGUGGUCAAAAACACAAUAAACACAUGACAAUUUCCUUUGUAAAGAUGACCUUCAUUUAGGAGAUACUGUACAUAAUGCAUGACCUGGCUCUAAAAACCAUCAUGACUGCUAUUAGGAAGUGAAACAGAAAAUCUGGAUAUGGUAACAUAUUACCAUUUACCAGAAACACAUGAAGAUGGCUUUAAGCUAUCAAGACCACUAUUUCCAUCUAGUAAGCAAGAACAUUGCUCACUUUUAACUGGCAGUGGCACUCCACCGUUUUGUGCAGAAACCCUUUCCAGCUUCACUAUCUAACACCCUGAAGAGGAGAGGCUAGAGGUCAAUCUGGGACUUUCUGCUUAUAAAGCACAUGCUUUAACAGUGAGCUUUGCCCAUUUCCCCAUUAGCUAUUAAUACAAACACUAGCAUUACAACACACAAUCUUCUUCGAAGAUUGCAUACAAAGAACUGUAAUGCAUCUCUACACCACUUAGACCUUCUUGAAGAGUUCACUUCCCUGAAAAUUUCCACCCACUCUGAUGCUAUCAGCUGUUGUGUUUGCCUGCCUUACAGUGCAAAUUGAUGUCAGAAAACUUCCUUUUACACAGCAUUUAGAAUAAAUGACUGCUAUAGUAAACAUAUAAAAUUAUACCCACAAAUUCUCUAAAAUUGAAUAAGGAAGCUGAAGUAUUAAAAUGUUUGCAUAGUUCAUUUGCAUUUGUCAUGUCAAUGUGGAUGCAAGGACAAUGGCAGUGUCUGCCAAGGUGUUAAGUGAAAUUGGCAAUGGCUAACACCGAGAUUCUAGAUAUGACAACCUUAUCACAUGCUGCAGGAUUGUAACAUCCAGGAGUAACUAACUGCCCACUGCAUGCUUGGUAAACUAUCUUUAGUUGAUCAAUGUCCCUAUUUUGCUUUUGGAGGGCUGGUGAUACCUUCUAAAAACUCUGCAUACCUUCAGACUAUCAUUCACUGCAUUUGUUGAAGUUAAAUUUCUGACCAUAUACACAUUGUUUCUUGCAGAAAUGUAGUGAUUCAAUCUGCAUCAGUGUGGAGGUAUCAUGCAGCAUGCAUCUUGUCCAUUUCAUAUGUUUACUUAUUUUAAGCUGCUGGUGAUAUGCCCUAGGGGAUAUUGGUUCCCAAUCUUGGGCAAACAAGAUGUUGUUGGACCACAACUCCCAAAAUACUUCACCACCAGCUGUGCUGGAAGUUGCAGUCCAAGAACACCUGGAUUGCCCAAGGUUAGGAAUCACUGCCCUAGGAUAAUUCCCCCAUCCCAAUUUUUUAUGCAAAGGAACAAAAACCUCUUUGCUUUUAAAUCAGCACAGAACAACCUUUGAAGCAAUCAAAUUGGGGUGUUCCUUCCAACACAGCAAGCUGGAAAUGUAACCUUUCUGGACUAUAAGCCUCUGAAUUCCCCCUGCUUCCUUUAGCUCUAUACGUUCCAUACAAACAGAAAUGUGAUAAGCAGAGAAGUGUCUCUCUGUUUCCAUCUGAAAUGUUAGAUGGCAUUCACCAUGAUGUAGUUGGUGGCAAUGCACAAGUGAAAGGGUUGUACAGUACUCUGUUUACUGCUCUGAUGUGACCUUGAAUGUAGCUAUCGUGGUUUCUCCAUAUAAAAGUCCCUCUUUAUGUGCUCCUCUUGACCAUCUUAGAAAAAAGCAAGUUUUUAAAGGUUAUAACCAAUCCUGCAAAUUAUCCAACUGAUGAAGAAUUCUGCUUUGGAUUCACAGGAGAUAUGCUGAGAUUCACAUGUUUUGAACUACAUAGAAUAUUUUGACCAGAGUGGUAAUAUUUUGAUCAGAGAAAUGAUGGUCACAAAUGCAAGAAAUUCUAGUUACUUUGGGGUAUAUGUUGCAGUGUAUCUGGAGUGGGCAAGAGACAAUUUAGAACACAAACUACUUUCUGUUAUGCUUAUCAGAAAAUAGCUCAUGGGGGGGGGACUUCACUGAAGUGCAGGAUUUGCUGUCCCUUACUGUACUGCUCAUGCAGUUCACCGUGAUAAAGCUUUUAUGCCACUAACCUCAGAUCUGCCUAAUUCAGAGCGAUUCUGCCAUUUCUUUUUCAAUGACUCGAUCAUCGCUACCCAGCAUUUCUGACUCUGCGACACAGAGAGUGCCACUUACUGUAAACCCGCCCCCUUGUCACACCGGUAACUCUCACUGCAGUGUACAUAAUGUCCAUUAUGCAAUCUAUUCUUGGCUUUGUUUGUCAUUUGGCAGCAGACAGCAAUCUCAGAGCAUGCCUGUUUCUGUUUUGCUCAAAAAAAUCUUGCGUCCACCUUUCGCAGACUUCCUCUUCCUCCCUGUGCUUGCUUUCACAGCAUCAAAAGCACUGAACAUUUCCAUGAAGGCUCACAUUAAGACAAUGCUUGCACUAUAAGCAUGUUUACACAGUAAGCCUAUCCCCUAGGAGCCUUUAGGCAAAUACUAUUCUAUGGGGAUUGGUUUCCUGAUUUUUUUUUAAAGGCCUGCACAGGGGCAGUCCUGCCAGAGAACAGCGUGACUGAGGAAGAGACAGGAGAAAGCAGCAAAAUGGAUGCAUCUUCUGUCGAGCACUCCACAGGAAGAAUUUCAACAAAAUGAAGCGGGAAAGAGACAGGCUUCGGGGGCAUACUGAACCGACACAAUUUCACUGAACUAUGGUUGAAAGAAUACUUCUGGCGAGCAGAAGAUGAACCUUCUCGAGAAAGCAAAAUCAGUUUUUUUAGUUUGCGUUGUGGGUUGCAUCUUCAUCUUUGCUUUUAUCUAUGUAAAAAAUAUAGUUUCCAAGGAAGGUAACGAACAAAAACUUUUCUCAGAAUUACCAGAGUGCAGCAAUUACCCUGAUGAACUUUGCUCAGCCCUCUUUCAAGGGAAAAGUGCUGCUCCUCAAGUGGGCCAGCUGUGCCAGCAGCUUGUUCACAAACAAGAAAUGUCUAUUUGCACACAAACUCCUUGCAACUGCUCAGCACUUCAAAAGAAACUUCACUUUAUUACAAACUCACUGUCCAAAGAAGAAGGGAACUUCUCCUUGGCAUACAUCAUCACCAUUCACAAAGAACUUGAUAUGUUUGUAAGGUUACUCAGAGCUAUUUAUGUGCCGCAGAAUAUUUAUUGUAUACACAUUGAUGAGAAGUCAUCAACGGAUUACAAGGCGUCUGUGCAAACCCUGGUUAAUUGCUUUGAAAACAUUUUUAUCGCAUCAAAGAGAGAGACUGUUGUUUAUGCAGGAUUUUCCAGAUUGCAAGCAGAUAUCAACUGUAUGAAGGACUUGAUUGAAUCAAAAAAUCAAUGGAAUUAUGUUAUUAAUCUAUGUGGCCAGGAUUAUCCCAUCAAAACUAACAAGGAACUUAUACAAUAUAUUAAAAGUAAAUGGAAUGGUAAAAAUAUGACUCCAGGAAUUGUUCAACCUCCACAUAUGAAACAACGAACACAUAUGAGUUACAAAGAAUAUGUACAUUCAGGAAAAUCUUACGUGUAUCCAACUAAGCAAAUUAAAAGUGAGCCACCCCAUAAUUUGACCAUAUAUUUUGGGGGUGCCUACUAUGUACUCACACGAAAAUUUGUAGAGUUUACAUUGACUGAUAUACGUGCAAAAGAUCUGCUUGAAUGGUCAAAGGACACCUAUAGUCCAGAUGAGCACUACUGGGUCACCCUGAACCGCCUGCCAGAUGCUCCAGGUUCUACGCCAGAUUUGGAAUGGGAAGGAAACAUACGAGCGAUCAAGUGGAGAGAUCAAGAAGGGAAAGCCCAUGAUGGUUGUAAAGGUCAUUAUGUCAGAGACAUUUGUGUAUAUGGCCUUGGAGAUUUAAAGUGGAUUGCUGAAUCUCCACACCUGUUUGCCAACAAAUUUGAGCCAGCAACAUACCCACUUGUUAUGGAAUGCUUAGAGAGGCACCACCGGCUUAAAGUACUCCAGCAAGCUGAAGUCCCACUGGAAGCACACUGGCAUUUACAAGAUCAGGAACCUGGACAGCUGAAUUAAUUCCAGCCAAUAUUUGAGGACAAAGCAGAAAAAAAGAAAAUCUGUUUUAAAAAAUAUAAAUAAAUGAACAUUGUACAUUUCAAAGUAUACAGACUUCUGGAAUCUGGACAACACAGUACUGUAUUCUGUAUCUAGUGAUAUUUUUAAAAGAGACUCUUAACAGACUGAACAGCCAACGUGUACUAAAAUCUGGAAUCUUUACCAACCCUGAUAUUUCCAGGUUAUCUCCACGAAAACAGGGAUGCAAUGUUCAGCUAAUUGGCUGAACUAUUAAAAAGUAUUGUAUCUCUCUUUAAACCAAUCAGCACCUUUUAAAAUGUUUUAACAGUAUUUUUUUUAAUAUGAGUACUUACAAAAUCCUUAUUUGUACAGCAUCACAGCAGAGACACUUAAAUAUUUUGCACAAGAUGGACUACCUUUUUGAUUCUUUCUUAGAUAAAUGUUAUUUUAAAACAAAGAAAUAAAUCCAAAAUUAGUCAUUCUCAGGGGAGACAUACUGAAAUUAAGACGAAUAAAGUUAGCUGCAUUGUUGAACUGCACUAUGGUUUUCAACAUGUGUGUUCUAAAUAUGACCAAAUCCAGAUCUAGCACAAAGUAUGUUUCUUUCUAAAAUGACUUUCCCCAGGCACAUUUAUGCAGACUUACCUUAUUUAAUCAACUAGAACUCAUCCUUUUCUUUAACAGGAUGACAGAAUACUAUUUUGACCCAAAUGCAAGUAAUCUCCAUGAAGUUGCAUGCACAACAGUGACGCAACACAAUAUACAUUAUACACAAUAUACAAUAUACAUUGUAAGAUUCAUAUAUUACUGACUGAGGCAUCUGUGACAAAAUUUAGUAUAGGUCGUGAUUCAUAAGGAAGGAAAAAUUAUGAAAUCUUCUGCAGCAAAAAUGGGCUUAAAGAUUAAAUGGAGUCAAAUAAUGGCAAAUGUAUGGCAUUACUUUAUAUUCUAGUGAAAUGUCAAGAAUUCAUUUUUGAACUCAAAGUUUAAAAGAGGUCUUAUAGGGACAGUAACAUCUUAUAACCAACAAGACAGAGAAACAAGUGGUCAUGCUGCCAUUACAGGCAUCUGGGGGCAAGUGUGUAAGCCCUUGAUUUUUGUUUUAUUAAAGUAAAUGCUUCUCACUGA